UCUCUUCAAGGUGGAUUCUCGAUAAUCCUCCUUUUCUUUUCCCUUUAUUCCCUUUUUGUCCCUCUUUCAAUUCUAGGGUUUCUGAUGGCUUCUGCAGAAAUUGAGUUCCGAUGCUUUGUUGGUGGGUUAGCCUGGGCCACCGACAACGAUGCUCUCGAGAAAGCCUUCUCUUCCUUUGGCGAGAUCGUCGAAUCGAAGGUCAUCAACGAUCGUGAGACUGGAAGGUCGAGAGGAUUUGGAUUUGUGACCUUCGCUACGGAGCAGGCCAUGAAGGACGCCAUCGAAGGCAUGAACGGUCAGAACCUUGACGGCCGUAAUAUCACUGUGAACGAGGCUCAGUCCCGUGGAAGGGGCGGAGGUGGCGGCGGCGGUUAUGGAAGCGGUGGCGGUGGUGGAGGAUACGGCGGCGGAGGGUACAGCCGUGGUGGAGGAGGUGGAUAUGGAGGCGGUGGCCGUCGUGAAGGUGGCUACAGCCGCAACGGUGGUGGAGGCUAUGGAGGCGGCGGCGGCGGAGGAUAUGGAGGAGGUGGUUAUGGCGGUGGAAGAGACCGUGGGUACGGAGAUGGUGGGGCCCGCUACUCAAGAGGAGGUGGUGCUUCUGAUGGUAGCUGGAGGAAUUAAAAGUUGCGUUAAUAUAGGUUUUUAGCGGAUGAGAAGGGGAAGGUUGUGUUGUAUCCGUUGAUUAUGCCUUAGUGAUGUUUGUUAGGUUUUGAAAUAUCCUUUAUGGUUUGAGCUUCUGUUAUGGUUUCGUGUUGCUAUGGUUCUCGUUUUUGACCUCUGAAUUUGUGUACUGGUUGUUUAUAAACAAUCCAACAAACCGUAGUCAGAAAUUAUGAUCCUACUCAUUCAUGUUUUCUUAUUCUUUUCUCUUAAAUUUAAAAUGUCCAUUCAAUCAAUCAUUUU